CGGGAGGCGGAGCUCGGGCUAUAGAGGCUUCCGCCGUGCGGGGCUGUGGCGUCGUGAGGGAAGCGGAGCCGGGAAGCGGAGCCGGGAACCCGGCCGAGUUCGCUACAGAGAUGGUGUCGCUGCUGCCGCGCAUCGAGCGGCUCUCGUCGCGGGUGGUGCGGGUGCUGGGCUGCAACCCGGGGCCCAUGACCCUGCAGGGCACCAACACCUACCUGGUGGGCACCGGGCACAGGAGAGUCCUUAUUGACACCGGGGAGCCAGCUAUUCCUGAAUAUAUCAGCUGUUUAAAGCAGGCACUGUCAGAGUUCAACAUCUCCAUUCAAGAAAUUUUAGUGACACACUGGCAUCGUGAUCAUACUGGUGGAAUACCUGAUAUCUGCAAAAACAUCCCGAAUGGUAGGCCAGAGAUUUCAGACUCAGAAUAUCGCGUGUGUAAGCUCCCUCGUGUCCCUCACCGUGAAGAAACAAUAGAAGGAGGACAUAAAUAUUUUUAUCUUAAAGAUGGAGAUGUGGUGCAGACAGAGGGAGCCACACUCAGAGUUCUAUAUACACCAGGACAUACUGAUGAUCAUAUGGUUUUACAUCUAGAGGAAGAAAAUGCAGUAUUUUCUGGUGACUGUAUUUUAGGAGAAGGAACAACAGUAAUAGAAGACCUGUCUGAUUACCUGAAAACUUUGAAAAAGUUGUUAGAAAUGAAACCAGAUUUGAUAUAUCCAGGUCAUGGCCCAGUAGUACGUGAUGCAAAUACUAGAAUCCAAAACUACAUUUCUCACCGACUUGCACGUGAACAGCAAAUUGUGAAUGUUUUCCAGAAGAAUGCUGGUAAAUCCUAUACAUCCUCAGAGCUUGUAAAGAUAGUAUACAAGGAAAUCCCAGAAAAUUUACUUCCAGCAGCAGAAAGUAACCUCCUAGUCCACUUGAAGAAGCUGGAAAAAGAAGGAAAAGUGUUACGUGAUGAAACUCCCAGCUUCAGAUGGAAAAAUAAUCUAUAAGUUUGGCAAAAUUGCUCAGGUAUAUAUUUAAUUUGCACGGUUGCUGUAUGAAAAAAACAUAAUAAUGAGCUCAGACUAUGUAAAAUAAAAAAUAAUUUUUACUUAUUUUUUUUAUAAAGUGGUAAUAAGUUUAAAGCAACAUUACAGCAAGGUAUGUAAUGUCUUUCACAUUCUACUAUGUUAAAAUUUUUUAAAUAUCCUGGUUAGUAUUGAGUCAAUAAAAUGAAACAAGUGUGAAGAAUUUAAUCUUACCUUUGUUAUAAAAUGCUCAGUUUUAUCAUGAGUGGCAGAAGACAAAUAGCACRGUCUUAUAAACUUAAUAUUACAAUAUCAUAAAACAAUAUUAUGAACUUAAUAAAUCACAUAUAUAAAAGAAAUAUCCAGUUAAAAAAAAAACAGAAUGUGUGUUAUUCUAAACCUGUUUUCACAUGCUUGUUCUUCUCAAAAAGUGAUUUUUCUAGUGAGUUACCUGUAUAUUCUAAAAAACCAAGUUAUUUUUGCUAACAGAUGUAAAUAAUCGGGUUUAUGUUCCUUUUCUAAUUCAGCUGACUGUACUCAUCYUCACUGGUCGCUCAGUGCAAUAGGUGUAACAAACACUGAAGUAAUUUCAGGCAUCUAUGUUUUUUUUUUUUGUGAAAACACCAUUUCUAUGGAAUUCAUUCAAAGGAUUCAUUAGWUUUAACUAACGAGAGUCCAAAAAUGCAUUGAGUUGGAGCAGACUUAAAUUCUGUAUAAGAUUGUGCAAGAAUGUGAUUAAAAAGCUGUAUAAAUUGAGAUAUGUAUUGCACGUUGUAUGAAGUUGACCUUGUUUGUGACAUCAUAACUAACAAUCUUCAAGUUUUGCUCUUAAUCCACUCAAACUACAAAUAUUUAACUAAAAGGUUGUAUUUGGUUGUAAGAUACAUUGUAUAAUGUAUUAAAAUAUGUUUGGAGAUUAAUUUAAACCUCAAGUUCAGUCUCUGUACCUUAUGCUUGUAGAAUAAUGCAUAAAUAUCUGCAUUACUUUGAGUGUUCAAAAUGUGUGACAUUUCUUAAUAUAUACAUUUCUUAUAAUGUUGGCUCAGCCUUAGAAAACAAAAGCAGAUAUGAAAUGUUUGAAAGUAUUGAGGACAAYUUAUGUUCUUGAAAACCUUUCUCAGUCCUGUACCCUCAUUUGUGAAACAUGCAUUUGUUUGGGUACUUAAGGCAUGUCUUAAUAAUUGACAUUUUUUAUGAAGCUGGUGGCACUUGUUCUGAUCAGCUGAGACAAAUCCAAAACAAAAAUAGUCCCAAAAAUAGCAGUCCAUAACAGAAAUCGUAUUCUGAAGUAGUAGCCAGACCCCUGAAGAAGGGGAAUAAUCACUUACUGCUAAAAUGAUUCUUCUUGCAAAUUCCAUUGAUCUGAAAUUUGGCCACAUUGUGACACAUGCUCACUUUCAACUUUUUGUGCAGUGUCAUUUUGAGGUCUUUCUCAGGUCUCCUAGGUUUCAUUCCUAUUGUAUUUUCUGUUUACUUGAAUUUUCCAGACACUUUUUAGCUCUUCCUCCACAAAAUAUUUUUUUUCUUCCAUUUUUUAAUAAUUACUCAGUUUUCACAUGGACUUCUUUCCAUUAAUACUUAGUUUUCCUGUAGCUGUUCCAUGAAUUUGUAGUUACCUGUUCCAGUAUUAGGAAUAAAAACAUAAUUAUCGCUGCUAUUUUGAAAAUGAAGAAAAGRUAAUUCACAUCCUCUGAAUGGUAUCAUUUUGCUUCAGGAAAACAGAAAUAUCAGUGAAACGACACGGUUUUCUGUCAUGAGGUCGGAGAACCUAAGACAGCAGGAAACUGGUAUGAAGAGGUGAUGUCUUACUACUUUUCUGAGCUGAUGAAGAAAUCUAAUGUCACUUAGUGAUUUUCUUCUGUUUUACUAUAAAUUUUUAAAUACAUGAAAACRGCCUUAGAAUUUAAUUAAAGGAUUGUUGGAACUUGAAGAGAACAAAGAAAGCAAGAGGAUACAAAUAGCGAACUCCAUGUUCCAUGCUGUCCUGCAGCAAAUGCCUGACAUGUCCAAAAAAAACCCAAGGAAAAGGGCUGUUCAACCAGACAAGUCAUUAAUGAUUGUGUAUGGGUGUCUUUGGAAUAUAAGGAUCAGAAAUUGCACUGUUACUGAGAUGUAUAUAUAAUAAAAUAUACUUUGCUAUGGCAUGUUGAAAGUCUGAAAGCUCCUUAAUUAUGUCAAAUGAAAUGUUUAUCUUAAAACGGUAGUGAUGUAAGCUAUACGGCAUGUAUGCAUAAAAAUGGGGAUCAGCCUGUUCACAUCCCUUGUGGGGAAGAUGUUCAUCUGUGCAGAAUGCAUUGUAAGAUGCAAAUAAAAAGAGGAGAAAGGGCUACUUCUGUCUUACCAGGUUAAAAGGGCUAAUAUGAGUUGCUGGGAUAACUUCAUCUAAACAGCUGGGGAYAGAAGAUGGAGGGAGCACAAAUUGUGUUUCCAGCCUUCUUGACAGCUAAUUUUAAGAACCUGCCCUGAGAAGGAAUCAUUAUGUUUAAGACCUAGCAGUUUGAUGGUAGGUAUAAUCUCGAAGUUUUCCAUUCUGUUUCUUGCUAAUUUGCUUAU